AUGAGUCGCCCCGCGCCCCCGUCCCCGUCCUCGUGUCGCGCCCUCCGCCGGCCAGCUGCCCGCUUGCUCCGCGCCGGUGCGCCCCAGCCUCAGCCCUUCGGAGUCCGGCCUGACGGCCUGUGCGUCUCCUCAUUUGGGCGGCGUCCGGCGGCCACAGGCAGCGGGCAGCGGCCAGUCCCAGGCGGCCAGCUCUCACUCUCCUGUCUCAUUGGUACCAUGGAUCUUACAAACCACCUCAAGGAGUGGGACGAGAUGGCUACCAAACUAAAGGCGGACUUCGAGGAUAUGAAAUUGAAGUUACAGCUUGACUGUUCCGACGCUGACAUCAGAACAAAACAAGUGCAACAACAAAAUGAGCGGUACAUAAUUUCUCAGCGAAAACUGCUGGACGAAGGGUCAACCAUUGAGCAGAAUGACGUUGCUGUGAGAAUGGAGGUCGCACUGGGUCGUCUGCUGAAGCAAGCGUUACAUGAUCAGCGUGCUGCCUUUGCCGAGAAGCUAAAGCAGGAACGCGCCGUCUUAAAUCAAUCCUUAUCAAAGGUCCUUGAAGAAAAUGAUGCCAACAUAAAGAAAGAGCGAGCCAACGUUGACUCCAUGAUUAAGCAGGCAGGGGAACAAAUGGAUAAGGAGUUGGAUAAUGAGCGCUCAAAAUUGAAGUCAAUGAUUCAGUCCUUGAUCGAACAAGAGGAGGGCCGGUCCUUGAUCCAAGAAGAGGAGGUCCGUGCCAACAUGAAUGUAGAGGUACAAGAUGGGAUCUACAUACCACGGAAAUACAUGCAUAUAUUAUUGGACAACGAGUGUGGCCCGGAUGUUGUAAUGCGAUUUAUCCUUCACUCAGUGAAGGAACUUUAUUCGGAUCUGAAGAAGUACUACGACAGUCGAGAAGAAUUAGGCCAGUUUACAAUUACAAAACCAGCCACUACUGUUAAGUUUGUCACGAUGUUGGGGGCUUUGAAACCUUUUGGAUAUAGGCCUCAAUCCUGCUCCUGGGAGUCAGCCAUCAACUGGGACAUGUCGGACAUGGAAACGGACUACAAUGAGGAAGAAGAACGAGGCUACUAUGACGAAGAAGAACAAGCUGGCAGAAUGACGAUGAGUGACAUUCAAACUACAGUGAAUCCAAAGGAGAUAGUGCAAAAUCGUUUGAUGAUGACAACGACUAUCCUAAGAAGCAAAAGGAUGACUAUCCUUCUGGAGAGGCUUGCAAUGACAUUAUGGCAUACUCCCUAA